GCCAAUUUUGCUUGAAAUUCAAUCAAAAUUCUCCACCACAGAGAAUUAACAAGAAAAAGGCAAAACCCACCAUUAAAAGGGCCUUUUUAAAAUCAAAAGGAAUAAAUUUAUACCCCGAUUCUUCAUUUACAGUUUCGGGGUGUUAAAUUAUAGUUCUCGUUUUCUUCCAAACUGUAACUCAAUGUCGGGUAUUCAAGGCCAGAUUCUCGACGUUACUGUUGUGGGGUGUAAAAAAUUGAAGGAUACAGAAUGGCUCUCGAAGCAAGAUCCCUACGUUUGCCUUGAAUAUGCCAACACCAAGUAUCGUACAAAAACCUGCACUGAUGGUGGGAAAUCACCCAUAUUUCAAGAGAAGUUCACCUUCUCCUUGCUUGAAGGGCUGACAGAGGUCAAUGUAGUGGUCUGGAACAGCAAUACUUUAUCUAGUGAUGACUUAAUAGGCUAUGGAAGAGUUCAAUUGCAGAAGGCUAUUUCUCAAGGUUAUGAUGAUAGUUCUUGGGCCAUUCAAACCAAAACUGGCAGAUAUGCAGGAGAAGUGCAGCUGAUACUGCAUUAUCCCAACGCCAAACACCAAGCCUCAGGAGGAUAUAGUCAACCGUCGGCACCACCAGCAUAUGCACCGCCACCUCAUCAACCACCUCCAUACGGCGGACCACCAGUUCCAGCUCCUUAUCCACCACCAGGUCCGGCGGGUUAUCCAGCUCCACCGUAUCCUGGUGGUUAUCCUCAACAACCCUUAUAUCCUCCAGCCACGUAUCCUCUUGGACCAGACCCAUAUGGCGGAUACCCUCCUCCACCAGGCGCUUACCCUCCUCCACCCUAUUACCCUCCAGGUAACAUCAUUGGUCACAUAUUAGAUUAUCUUUUGACACUAAUUAUAUAAUACCAGUAAAAUUACUCUGCAGGUCCCUAUAUUAUAGACCAAGUGUAUUGGGGUCCCUAUAGUUUUAAAAUGGACACAAAGAUUCAUUCUCCUUAGAAUAACAAACAAAAUGCCAAAAUUAUCAUUUUUUACAACAUUAUGUCUCGAGUCCUCAAAACAUCGAAACUAAAGUAAAAAUGCUCUAUCUCAAGUCUCGAGCCUUAAGAUUAAAGUAUCAAGGCUUGAGGGUCAAGCCUCAAAAGUUGGAAACAUCAAAGAAAAAAAUCUUGAAACAAGAGAGGCAAGUAUUGAUACCCUGUUCGUUAGGUAUAGAUAUCAAGUCCACUAUUUUGAUACUUUGAGCUAGUACUAGUAUCUUAAUUUCGUAAUUGAUCUUAAUUCUUGUGUGACAUUAAUCUCAAGUAUUGAUUCAUGUUGAAAAAUUUACUCUUAUAGCUGGAAAUCUAAGAAUAAUGCUAUGUUUAUUAAUUUAAUUUAAAUGUAAAUAUCUGAUAACAAUAUGUUUGAGUUGUAUCAGCAACAAAAUGUGACAUCUCGUAUUUGGGUUCAUCGUUCGAGCUGGGUGUGAGGUGUCACAUUAAGAUUUAAGAAAAAAAUUAAUUUCUAUAAAAAAAAAUCUUGUACUAUGCAAUUUUUUGUGAAUUUGGUCUCUAUUAUUAUUUGAUCGAUUUUAGUCUUUAUUUUUUAAAAUGUGUAUUUUAAUUCGAAGUUAAACAUUUUAUGUUAAUUUUAUAAAUAAUUUGAGGAAAUUAUUUAUUUAAA